AUUCUGAUUUCUGAUCUAACUUUACCUCGAAGUGGUUGGUUCGUUUUAAUUUUCCUAUAAUUUUCUUCCUAAUUUAAUAGUAUCACAAAAUGGGCGUUGAUGUAGAAACUCUUUCUCCUGGAAAUGGUACCAGCUAUCCUAAGCCUGGUCAAACUGUAGUAGUCCAUUACACAGGAACACUACAAAAUGGAAAGAAAUUCGAUUCAUCGCGAGAUCGCGGACAACCCUUUAAGUUCACUCUUGGCAAAGGUGAUGUUAUCAAAGGGUGGGAUCAAGGACUUGCUAAAAUGUCUGUUGGCGAAAGAGCAAAACUAACAUGUUCACCAGACUUUGCCUAUGGCUCCAGAGGUCAUCCUGGUGUUAUCCCUCCAAACUCGACCUUAGUUUUUGAUGUUGAGCUAUUACGCGUAGAAUAACAGCCCUUAACUGCUUUCUUUAUAUUGUAAACUUUAUAAAUUUAUUUAAAGUAUUUAUAAUUUUAGUUACUGAGCAGUAUUUUGGUUUGCGACUUACUUUCUCAUUUAAAAAGAAAAUAUAUGUACUGAGAUAUCUGAUACGCUUAAAAAUUAAGGUUCUUAUAUGAAUAGUUGAGCUAGAUUUUUGCACAAUGUAUCAUAAAGUUAUGCCUUUUGAUAUUAAAUAUUUAUCUUGAAAUCUUAAAUCUCUGCAGUGCAAAACUGAAGUUUCUUUGCUAUUUUUCUAAACAACUGCUCAAUAAAUAUUGGUUUAGAGAAGUGAUAAGAUUCCCUACCAUUUUCAAGGAAAUGAUGAGAAGGGAAAGUCAAUUUGGCAGAGGUGGGGACACAGAAAGGAUAUUCUAUUUGUAUGUCUAGACUUAAGAUUGGCAAGAGUUAAAAAUCUAAAUAAAUGGCUACUUGAGAUCUUGUAUUAAGAAAAAAGCUCAAAAUAUAGCUUCUAAAUUUGAAUU